GAGAAUGAGAGUGGGCGGGGCCCGGGCGGUACAGCCACAAACUGACUGAGAGGCACCUUCCUGUUUUGUUUUUUUUUUGCGGAAAAUAUGAGUAAGUACCGCCCCCUCCUGGUGACAGACAGAGCCACCGACCAAUCCACCAACCAGGGCGUUGUAAAUUUGUGGUUUAGUGACUGGAGAGCGAAACUGCCAGAAACGCGCCGAGUCUGUCGGAAUUGAGGGACAGUCGGAAGAUGUUGCGCUCGUGUCUGAAAGUUCUGCUGCUGAUUGUGUCGCUGCGAGUCGGUCGGGGCCAGGAAAUAAUAAAUAAGGCUGUUCAUGAAUCUGUAACCUUUAACCUGAAUUCCUUGGAUGGAGUCACAGAGAUCACCUGGAAGUUUGGGCAGGACAAGUUUGCAGAACUCGAUGAUAUAACUGAACCCAAUUUUUAUCGCUUGAGGGACAGAGCUAAUGCGACCUUCUCUCCCGGGAGUCUGACCAUUAAUCGACUGCAGAAGGAAGACACUGGCACAUACACUGCUGAGAUUCAGGUCGGGAGAAAAACGAUCACUGUCACUUUCAUCCUAAAGGUGUACGAUGCUGUUCAGAGACCUCAUGUGAUUUGUACCCGGGGGGAGGACCCCAAUACCCUAGUCCUUCACUGUCAUUCCCCAGGGGUGGUGAAAUAUCAAUGGCGGGAUUCCUCCGAUAAUAUUGUGUCUGACAAACAGAAUUUCACUGUUACUGACCCAAGUGUUGACAAGAAUGGAAAUGUGACGUGUGAUGCUCACAACCCCGGCUCCUCCAAGUCCAACUUCAUCCUAUUCUCCUCCUGUGACCAAGAGGAGAAGAGCAACACAUUUCAUUUCAUAAGUGUUGGAGUCGCGCUUCUGCUUUUGUUUGGGAUCGGGAUUGUGCUCUGGAUUCUCUAUAAGAAAGGGAUAUUAACAAAGAAGUGCUUCAACAGAGGGGAGGAACCCGAGACAAAGGGAGAGGAAACUGAGCAACUAAAUUCUCCAGGAUCCCACAAUGGGGAGAACAAGAGCCCAGACGUUACUUUAGUGAAUAUCCGUAAACUGUCGGGGGACGGAGAACUCUGAUUGGACAGUAUUGGGAGGUCUCUGCACAGACACAAUGUAUCAAUUAAAGGAAAUGACUUGUGACAUCGCUGAGGGGGCGGUGCCCGCACUUAUUUGUGGGACUAGAACCUGUGCCUUUCCCAGGAGUGGGCCCCUCCCACAGAACUGUGUGGAACUGGGAAGGAAGUACUGGUGCUUUAUACUUAUUGCUUUGCCUAUCAGUGUUCUACUCCCAAAGGCACCGUCCCUCUGUGAGACCCAUGUCCCUCCUCCUUGCAUGGCAUAUUGGUCUCCAGUGUAGGCGGCAUCACUGCACUACCUCAUGUUGGGUACAUAUCGCAUGUAUUUAUUAUGUAAAUGAAAUGAAGGUGAUUGGACUGCAGCUCCCGCCAAGGAUUCCCCCCAACCUGGAAUGAUCUUGUAGAUCCCGCGCCAUCCAUGGCUGAGGUGGGUGUGGCGCUGAUGCAGGGGGCGGAGACAAUGGAUUCCACUUUUUGAAUCACAAGGAAGAAGUGUAUUUGAGCUUAGUGUGUUUUAUUCAGCUUUAUUAGGCGUUGUUUGGAGGAGACUAAAUCAAUUCCAAGACUGGGGUUUUUUUUCCUGCAGUGCAAGAAAAUCUGGCAAAAAAAAACUAUUUCUGAAACAGAGUUUUUUGAACUUUUGAGAUUCAUCAAAAAAAAAAUUGGCAACAGAAGCCGGACAAGAAGGUGUAGAAGUCCAGUUUAAAGGAACGGUAACACCAAGCUCCUUGCAAUGAAAGUAACAGAUAUAAUGUGUUGGUAACUAAUUGUGUGUUUGUUUUAUUGACACUACUUGUAGUCUAUAUAAACACACUGUUGUGUA